AUGUUGGUUCCUCCUGCCAAUUUUGGCAUUGCUGAAGAAGGAAUAUAUAGAUGUUCUAAAGUGGAAACAUUGAACUUGUCCUUUCUGGAAACUCUUAAUUUGAAGACUGCUAUAUUUAUUGGAGGUCAAGAACCAUCUAAGUUUUUCAAAGAUUUUUUCACAAGGUCAUCUAUAAAAUGGAUUGUUCUAAGGAUGUCCGAUUUCUCAGCUGCGGCAGUUCCGGUGAAGAGCUCUUCUGUAUCCAACGCCAACUUAUACUCGAACAAUGAUAGUACUUUAUCAUUGCAGGAUGAAAAAAAAAAAACCACUGCAAAUGCGUCACAAAACUCUAUUACAGUGGACCCUGUAAUUCAAGAGGAAUUGGCUUACCACUUGACUGACAAUGACGACUUAAUGCUAAUUAAGAGCACGUGUUUAAAGAGAACUUUCAAAACAUUAUUGAAUGCGGAUAAUUAUAAUGUUUUGUUGAUAGAUAAAACAGCGUUGGUCAUUGGUAUACUUCGAAAAAUUCAAAAAUGGAAUAUUGCAUCAAUCAUAAAUGAAUACAGAUUAUUUUCUGGUAAAAAUAGAAAUUAUUUUGCGGAAACAUUUCUAGAAAUAAUAAGUGUUGACAUAGAACAGGAAAAGGAUGAUAAGACAAUUGUUAACAAUAACGCUAAGAAAUAUUCCCUUGAGAACAAUAGAACACACUCGAUAGAGUACAAAGCCAAUUCUGGUAAGCUUAUUAGAGUAAAUGAAGAUGACCUUUGCAGGGAGCCAGAAGUACCUCAACGGCUUUUAACAUUAAUAAAUCAAAUUGAAACUAAGGUAAAAAAUAACAAGGUAUUACAAGUAAGUGGAGUCAUAGGAGAUGAUUUGAAGAAAACCUCUUCCGACCUUGGAAUUUUUGGCCAUAGGUAUAGAUUAGCAUUCAACAAAAAAGAAAACGGGGAUUACGGCUAUUAUAAAGCAAGAGGGAAAGACGAUGUCAAAAUAAGGAUACCAAGUGAUCCUGAAUUACCAGAUUGGUUCAAGUUCCAACGAGAUCUGUGGGAAAAAGAAAACGUUCCGGAAGAGCAUCACUUUUAUAGGGAACAUAUUUUUACAUAG